CGCAUAUUGUACACACCAGUCUUUCCCCUCGAUCGAGAGGGGACACAGAAAAUCGAAGACGGCAAGGGUUUACAAGAAGCCGAAGAAGAAGAAGACGACGACGCUAAUUGACUCUAAAUUUUCCACAGAACCGCCAUUGAUUCGAAAAAUUGAUUAUCAUUGUGUGUGUGAGAGUUGAAUUUGAAACAAAUUUAUCAAUCUAUCAACUUUUUUUUGUUGUUAGUAGUUUUGGUAAGGAGAGAUGGGAGAAAGGAAGGUGUUGAACAAGUACUACCCGCCGGACUUCGAUCCGGCGAAGAUUCCGAGGCGGAGGCAGCCGAAGAACCAGCAGAUGAAGGUGCGGAUGAUGCUUCCCAUGAGCAUUCGCUGCGGCACCUGCGGCAAUUACAUCUACAAAGGCACCAAGUUCAACUCCCGCAAGGAAGACGUCAUCGGCGAGACAUACUUGGGGAUCCAAAUAUUCAGGUUUUAUUUCAAAUGCACUAAGUGCUCUGCUGAGUUAACAAUAAAGACCGACCCGCAAAAUUCAGACUAUGUUGUUGAGUCGGGUGCAUCACGGAAUUUCGAACCUUGGCGUGCAAAGGAUGAGGAAGCAGAUAAGGAAAAACAAAAAAGGGAAACUGAAGAGAUGGGAGAUGCAAUGAAAUCCUUGGAGAAUAGAACCUUGGAUUCAAAAAGAGAGAUGGACAUCCUUGCUGCCCUGGAUGAAGUGAAGUCCAUGAAGUCAAGACAAGCAACUAUCAGUGUAGAUGCAAUGCUGGAGGUCUUGCAGCGCUCAGCUGAGGAAAAGGAAAAGAAGUUGGAAGAAGAGGAUGAAGCACUCAUAAAAUCAUUAUUUGGAGCACCAAGAGAGGUCGUUCGUAGGAUCGAUGAUGAUAUUCUUGAUGAUGAUGAAGAUUUAUCUCAGAUUUCAACUGAGAAUGCUGAAACAUCAAACAAUAAUUCAAAAAGGAGAAAGGUUUCUGAAGAUCUUCCCACUAAGCCAACAGAUUAUCUGAUGAAAACAAGUUACAAUUCCAAGAAUGAAGAAAACAAAGGGGAUGCCCAGGCACCAGGUGAUGGUAAAUUCAUUUUCAAGUCUCCGUCAGUUAGAGUUUCUGUUGUUAGGAAACCAUCAUCAGCCUCCAACAGUAAUGGACCGGCAAAACAUGAGGAGGACCACAAAACAAAUGUUUCUAGCUCUGGACUAAUGUCUCUAUGUCAAAACUACGAAAGCGAUGAAGAUGAUUAGUUAUCAAUUGUAAAUAACUACGUCAAUAUUUCUUCUUUUUGUAGUAUUGUUUCAAGGAACAAUUCCAGUUCCCUUUUGAGCUUUUGCUAGUGAAACUUGCUUUUUUGGGAGCAAACAAACAAACAUGAAACAUCAACCUGGCUAUAUUCUGAAAGCAACUGGCGAAGCAAAGAUCUCAAGAAACACCAGAACUUUCCAGCUUUAAAUUGAUUACUGUUCAAAGCAUGUGCGAUCUUGAAAAGCCAAAGCUUCUCUUGGAGCAAUGUACUCAAAUUACUGUU